CAAGUCAGCAGUGACCUCAUCCAAACCUACUGUACUGUUAGAGGCCGUGAGUGCGAACAAGAAUUUGAUGAAUUCUUCGAAUUGGCUCGGACGGAACAUCUGCGGGGUCAUCGCGUUAAACUGCAGAGGAAGCCGGCAGUCAAACAUGAACAGGAUGCUGACAGCAUCCUUCCUGACAACCCAGAGGAGGCCAUCGGUCAUGCAGCAAGAUCACUGACGUCUGCUGAACGCAACAAUGGACGGAUCGAGACAAAAGGCUUGGCUUUCAUCUUCGCCAUGAAGGCGUUUCACAAUAUGCUUUAUUGGCGUCAUUUCAGGUUCCUCGAGGACCUCAAUCCUCUUCUUGCUAUUUUCGGCUAG